AUGUAUGGAGAUGUCCCAUACGGCAAGGAGCUGAGGGAGGCCUUCGGCCAACAGCAGUGCGCGCUAGUCCCAGGUGUCCCCGAGACUGAAACAUCUUUCCACCUAAUAUCAGAGAAAUGUGACAUUCUCUCAAUUCUCCGGGAUCAUCCUGAAAACAGGAUUUACCAGAGGAAAAUCCAGGAACUCAGCAAAAGGUUCAUCGCCAUCCGCAAGACCAAGGGGGACGGGAACUGCUUCUACCGGGCUCUGGGCUAUUCCUACCUGGAGUCGCUGCUGGGGAAGGGCAGAGAGGUCCUCAAGUUCAAAGAGCGUGUACUGCAGACCCCAAAUGACCUUCUGACUGCCGGCUUUGAGGAGCACAAGUUCCGAAACUUCUUUAAUGCUUUUUACAGUGUGGUGGAGCUGGUGGAGAAGGACGGCUCGGUGGCCAGCCUGCUGAAGGUGUUCAACGACCAGAGCGCCUCCGACAGAAUCGUGCAGUUCCUGCGCCUGCUCACCUCCGCCUUCAUCAGGAACCGCGCAGACUUCUUCCGGCACUUCAUCGACGAGGAGAUGGACAUCAAAGACUUCUGCACUCACGAAGUGGAGCCCAUGGCCAUGGAGUGUGACCACAUCCAGAUCACGGCCCUGUCCCAGGCGCUGAGCAUCGCCCUGCAGGUGGAGUACGUGGAUGAGAUGGACACGGCCCUGAACCACCACGUGUUCCCCGAGGCUGCCAUCCCUUCCGUUUACCUGCUCUAUAAAACUUCCCACUACAACAUCCUCUAUGCAGCCGAUAAACGUGAUUAAUUUUAGGCCAUGAAGUGGAGCCUGUCACCUAACGGGAUUGCCUUCUGAAUGGAACAUUACGGCUUUUCAAUUUUUUAAGCGAUUUAGACUGUAGUUAGAAAACAGAAAACACAGCCUUUUGGGCAAAGUCACUGGGAAUGAGGCUUACCAAUAUGGGCUGUGGUAACUUGGCAAUAUUUUUAGUAUUUAUUUUCAUGAAAAGUCAAAUACUUUUUAACUCAGGGCUAAGAAGCCAGGAGCCCUGGCUCUGCCCCAGUUCCCGAGACCUUGGGUAGGUCACCUCCCCUCUCUGGGCCUGGGCCUUCCUCUGGAGGCGUUUCUGCCAGUGUCCACAUUCCAUUGUGUAACAGCCAGGGCCCUCACUUUCUCUCCACCAGGGGCAGUGCCUCUCUGGUGGGGAGGAAGAGCUCAAGGCCAGCUGACUCCCAGUUCUGUACAAAAGGAUCAAGUCCACUCAGCUGUCGGACUGGACUUGGGUGAAUGACUUCAGGAAACAUGGGCCACUGAGGCCAAUGUGAAUGUGAGGCUUCAUCCCAAACAUUAUUGAUAGGAGUGUUUUCUUACCCCUGACUUAAGGAAACGGAGACUUUUAUGCCAAAGUCUAGAAGGGGAUCUUCAGCAUGAAGUGCAAGUUGUCGGGGCCCCUCUACCUCUCUCAGGGCCGGUACUGCCUGCCUGGCCCUUCUGGGUUCUGCUGCCAGCCCCACUUGGACCGCCGCUGGAGAAAAAUUAGGGUCUGGGACCUGGAAGCUGUCUGUUCGUCCCCAACAUAUCCUGGAGGUAGACUCUAGCUACCCAGUCAGGUGGACACAGCACACGCAGCCGUGGACUCCAGCCGAGCAGAGCAGACAAGUUUUGUAAGGUUCUCUCUGUCCCUCCUUCGCUCGGUGUAUGGGCUGGAGAGAGGUGAGGUGGGGAAGAACAAGGCGAGCCGAAGGACUUGGCAGUGGGGAGACUUCCGUUUGGAAACUGCCUGGGAGACAAGAGCCCUGGUGGGCAGCCGCCUCCUCCUUCUACCUGGACAUGCCCCUCAAGACCCUCACCUGCUGCCUCAGGACCUCGAAGAGCCCUGGCUGGCCAGGGCACUGCUAGCAAGUUCUAGUUCUCUUGCUCUGCGGGAGGAAAUGGAGAACGCGGGGUGUGGAACUGCCCGAGUUACUUCCUUCUUCUCACAGGCUCCAUUCUGCAGGGAGUUGUUAGAAACCACUGGUGCUGCAGUGCGAGUCGGCUGGUGUGACGACGCACAAUGCACGGGGGCUGGAGCAGACUGCUCCCAGUCCUGGUACACAAGCGUCACACCUGACUCACCCAUCUGCCUUGGCGAAGACAGACGUCAGGGUGCUUUCAUUCCGGCAGGGACCACAUUCCCAUCAGCCGCUGGCUGGAAUUUGAACCCAAGGGCUAAGUGAUCAUGCCACUGUCCACAGGAAUAUAAAUCUUACCCUUAUCUCUGACUUGGUUCAGUGUCUCACCCGGUUCUGGGUAGGAGUGCUGGGCUGGGAGUGCACUGGACGAGUGGGGGGACGUGUUACAUGGUUUGUGAAUGUCAGCAUCCCGUGGCCACUCUGCGGGUGUGAGGUGGGUCCUGAGCCCCGGCCAGGCUCUCAAGCACAGCAUCAGUAGCCCUGGCCGCCACUUCUCUGCCGUCGUGGCCUGUGUAGUGUCCACAAAAGCAGUUUUCCCUUUGGCAGACCGGCUGGAGAAAUGCCCUCCGAGACUUGCCCAUGGUGUGCUUCUAGGCCCGAGGGCCCGCCAGAGCUCACGGGGGAGAGCCUACCACUUUAGAAUCAAUGCCCGAGAGAGGCGGGCUGAGUUGCUUUCUCUAAGGGAAGCACUGUGGAGAGAAAGGAACGGCACUCUAAGUAUAGAUGCUACUCGGCUUAGGAUGGGUUCCAUCCCAAAAAAACCACCAUAAUUUGAAAAUAUUUUAAGUCAAAAAUGCAGUUACCACCUAACCUACCGGACAUCAGAGUUUAGCCGCCCACCUUACAUGUGCUCAGCCUCCAGUUGGGCAUUUAUCUUGAGUUUCAUCUCAAGAAUUGCCUUCCUCUUCUCACCAGAAGCAGGAGACAUAGAUGGGCGUUUGGUAGGCAUGCUGGGAUGAGAAGACAAACCAGUGCUGGGGGCAGUAAACUACAGAGCAUCGGUGGUUUGCCCUCGUGCGCUCGUGGCUGACCUGGAGCUGCGGCUGCCCAGCGUCACAAUAGGGUAUCCCACCCUGUGGCUAGCCUGGGAAACGAUCAAAAUUCAAAGUGCCGUUUCUACGAAAUGCAUGUAGCACGUGUGCACUAUCAUACAGUCAAAAAGUCCUAAGCCGGGACAGAGUGUGAUUUGCUCAGAUCCAGUCACCUGGUCUGGAGCGCCCAGCCAUGCUAACAGUCACUCUUCUUGGGCAAUUCUCCACCCACCCCAUGCAGCCAUCUCUUUCCAGACCAAAAGCUUUGAGUUUGCUUUAUAAUUGUGUAUUUAUUACUUUCUUUCCAAAGGAAACUUUGUAAAUCAAUGGAAAUAUUUAGCAACAAAAAGAAGACUAUCCUUGCUUUGACCUAGCUCCUAUUUUAGGCACAAAGGGGCUCGGGAGGCAGGCUGGGUUUGAAUCUCACUUUGUCACUGACUCCCGGUGACCUUGGCCAAAACACAUCCCCCCCCUGAGCCCUAACUCCCACCUUAGUGAGAUGGAGACAGGACAACUCAAGUAGAAUGCAAUUGUGUGAAAACUACUACUAGGCUCAGCUAUAGGGAGUGGUCUAUGGAUGGGGAUGUUCUCAACUCCCCCUUCCCAGGGGCAGCAACAGGACAUGCAGGAUAGGGAAACGCUGUGACUUCCCAGACCAUGGUCUAAGAACCACACAUACAUUCCCACACUGGGUGGAAAUGGGGGUGGGGGCGGGAGCUCUGGGUGGCUGCCCAGGGGCUCUAGGUCCCAUGGGAUGUGGGCCAGGCCUUACAACUUCCCGGGCAGUUGGUGAAAACAUUUCCUACCAUUAAAAUGGUUUCUAUAACAA